AUGUUUAGCGAAGGUAGCCAGGAGACAACGGAUUUGCCGCCGCCCGGUCAGGCUCAAAAGGUUGUGACAGAUAAGUUGAUUACGGACAUUGACACAGCACUCAAGGAAAACCGACGUCGAAACAUUCGUGACGUUGCAAAUGAGUUGAACGUUUCCAUCGAUACUGUUCACAAUAUUGUCAACAACAAUCUGAAGAUUUCCAGUUAUUCUUCCUCAACUUCGGAUGACACUUCGGAAACUCAAAGCACCAUUGGCAAGCAAUUUCGUCGCCCACUGGGACCUUCGACUUCCCUUGACCCACCUAGCCUCCUACGACUCACUUCCGAAUGUGUGCAGCCUCGACCACAGCUCACUCGUUGGCAUACGGUGGCCACUCCGCAUUGCCAAACCGUUCUUGGAACAGUUAAUACAGACAGAGAUUCAGAUGAAGAGGAACCUCACAAUCCACCUUGCUUACAUGGGCGAUUGUGGUUUUCACUGCUCUACAAAGCUGAAAACAAUCGUUUAGAGGUCACAUUGCAUAAAGCCAAAUAUUUACCAGGCCGAGGAUUAAUCAAUUCACCGAGAGAUCCAUUUGUGAAGAUAUAUUUGCUACCAGACGAAGAGAAUUACCAUCAGUCAAAAAUUAGGAAAAGGACUUUGUCGCCUAAAUUCAACGAGACGUAUGCUUUCGAUGUCACGCCGGAGGACAUUCCCAAGAGAACCUUAAAGCUUUCCGUUUAUGAUGUGGACAAGCGCAAAGUCCGUCAUUGUUUGGGUCACGUGAUAUUCCCUUUAUCGAAAUCCGAUUGGAAGACUGGAGAAACGAUUUGGAAAGAUCUCGAGACAGCACCUCAGUCGUCUGCAUCUCUAGGGGAGAUCCAGCUGUGCCUGUCGUGCAACCCAUUCAGCAACCGCAUCAAGGCUACAGUCUGCCGAUUGCGCAAUUUGCAGGGCAUCACCCCCGAUGAUGCUGUCAUUUAUGUCAAAGUGCAGCUGUAUCACGGCCGCAAGAUGAUCAAGAGCAAGAGAACAGUGCCCCAACCGUAUACUGUGUCCAGCCAACCUCAAGGAGAGAUGAUCUUCGAUGAAACCUUCAAUUUCGCGGUUUCGGGUCGCUUCUUCGAUUCCUGCAGCUUCACUUUCACUGUGGUCAUUGCUGGGCCAAGUCCCUUAGUCAAGGAUACGUACCACGGCCGCGUAGUGAUUGGGCCUUUCAUGUACGCUAGGGGAGAGCAACUACAGCACUGGCAAGAGAUGCUCAGUAAUCCUAGGAAUAUGGUCACCAGAUGGCAUUGCCUGGAACCCAUCAAGAAAGGCUAAAUAUUCUCAUUUUUAUUCAGAAAUACAAGAAUCAAUCUUCUCUUCAUUAAAAAUAAUAAAAAUUUUCUAUAAAAAAUGAA